GUAUGUGUUCGUGCGCUCUGGAGCCGGAUCAGCUGCGUGUGGCAGCUGCGUAACUAUCUCACUAUACUAGUUCGCUCGUCUAUAACUGCUAAACCUGGGCCAUUACUUUAGUUUACUCAGAAAAAUUAACGAUGUUGAUCAAGCCCCCCCUAUCGUCAAAAAAACCAAAUUAGUGGGUCGCUUGUGGGUUAUUUUUUUGAAGACUGAGUAUUACUCAGUAUUACUCAGUAUUACUCAGUAAUACUGAGUAAUACUGAGUAUUACUCAGUCUGCAAAAACCCACUAAUGGCUCACUAUUUUGGUACUUUUUGACGAAAAAAACACAAUUAGAAUGUUUCUGAACAUUCGCCUCUACAGCCGCACUGGUUAAGAAGGGAUUAGGCAUUCGCGUAGAGCGUACCGCUCUAAGUAACGGACGAGGUAUGUUGGUACAUCGUCCCAAGUGUCCCAUUCCGAUUCUCAUCGUCUACGCGUGCUUUCGCGAAGACGUGCAAAGAACUCAGUCAUGGGAUCAAGAACUUCAUAAGUACUUGUCAGCACAGACGGCAGUGCCUAUGAUUAUGGGAGAUUUAAACUACUGCCCAUCAUCUCUGGACUUCGAGCCAGAAUGCUUAAAGGCAGCCAUUCCAGGAGUAAGAGAAACUGACCAACAAGCUUGCGUAACUCUUCUUACUAAGUUCCAACUAAUGGAUGCAUACAGAAACUUACGACCCAAUGGAACAGACUACACAUGUAUCACCUGGGGACACAAGUACCCGGAUGCUACUGGAAAAGGCAUGCGCAUUGAUCGUGUCUUUUAUCCACAAGCACACGCUGGAUUAGUCACAAGCUUCCACGUUCUAAAGAAUGUUCGCCGCGCGUGUGGUGAUCAUUAUCCAAUUGGAAUCACAUUCAAGCAAUUGGAGGGGAUUCCAAUUAAUUCUACCCCUCAAGCAAAUCUAGAUGCAAAACUUCCUGCAAUAGCCGACGGCACUGACAUCCCUACGCAGUCACAUCUGACCAAUGUGUCCACUGGGUCAGUAGGGGAUCCGGUCAAUCCUCCUACUAAUGUCAAUGCUAGGCUAGGUAAUCUAGAUUCUGCUAAAACAGAAAAAGGAAAAGAAGAAAAUAAAGGGCCCAGGAUCAAGAUAAAGCUUACUAAAACAGAACUUGAUAGACUCUAUCAAGAGUUUCAAGAAGAAGCGCGCACGAUCCUAAGUGAACUAAGACAACAACAAAAAGGAAAGCGUCUCCACUGGAGAGAACGCAAAGCAGGGGUUAGACAGAUUCGAGGUCUAUUCAAAGAGCAUCCAAAGUAUGAACACCUUAAGCCAGCGCAGGCAGAAGCCGCUGCUGCAAAAGUGUUACAUAGACUCGAGAUGGAACCAAAUCCACUCGAUGAAGAGUUAGAACUUCUCUUGGCAGUCUGUGAAUUCGUCGAACUCGACGAUGAUGAGACGCCGCUAGUGCUUCUCACUACAGAAGGAAAAAGUCCAAACUCGCAAGAGCAGGACAAGUAUGACACUCCAGAAUGGAGGAAGGCUAUCCCUAUCCAAAAAGAACUCAACGCGCGCAAGCAUGUGUUCAGAAAAGCUACAGAACAGGAAGUCGCUGAGUAUCCACACAAGCGCAUACCUUGCAGGCUAUUACUGUCGGUAAAGCGUGAUGGACGCCACAAGGCACGCGUGGCAUGUAUGGGAUUCUUAGCACCUAAGACCCAUCUAUCCACGUAUGCCGCGGUAACAGAUAUCAGCGUAGUAAGGCUCAUGAUUGCGCUCGUAGUACUAUCUCGAGGGAGAAUCAAAAUUAAGUCUGCUGAUGCAACUUCGGCAUUCUUACAGUCUCCAUACCCUGAGCACGUUCUAAUCGAACUUGACUCCAGGUUGCAAUCUGUCUUACACUAUUCCGUAGGAAAAGUUCUGUACUCCAUGAACGGGCUAAAGCUAUCUCCCGCUGCAUGGGCCAAGUACAGAAACGAAGUACUUGUCAGUAUAGGUUGGCAACAGUGUGCUAUAGAGCCUACUCUUUGGCACUUGUCCAAUGUCAUCCUUAUAAUCUUCGUCGAUAACUUUUAUUUUUUCGGCGACGAAGAAUCUUUUGCUAAAGUCUAUCCUGAAGUGGCUCACAGACUCGACCUUGUCGAAGAACCACCUCAAGAAACGGCUACUGAGUUUAUUUAUGAUGUCUUGAGCAUUCAAGUGCGUCUUAAUAAACUCACAUGGUCCGCUAUCCUCGACCAAACUCAAUACACGCAGAAACUGCUCAAGCGAUUUGGAGGGGAAGAUGGCAAGUAUGUUCCUACUCCAAUUGAAAUCGCUCCAGCAGCUUCCAAAGUACCUCUCGAACCCGACGCACUAGCAGCAUUCAACAAAGAAAGAAUGUCUCUGCUAGGCAGUUUGCAAUACCCUUGCACUGCUACAAGACCAGACUUAUGCGUCGCGUUGAAAGUACUCGCUACUUCGGAUAUCAACGAGAACACAAUCCAAGGAUUGAAGCGAGUAGUCCGCUACUUGCGUAAACAACGCGUUCUCCACUACGUCGCACCUGACUCCUUCACAGGUGAACUCAUCGUAGAGGUUUCCACUGAUUCAGAUUGGGCAUCGCUACAGAGCCUCACUGAAUGGAGAAGCAAUUCAGGCAUCUUGGUAGAGUUGUGUGGAAUUGCUAUACAGUGGAAAUGUAGAACUCAAGAUACAGUCGCUACUUCUGUGUCUGAAGCUGAGUUAUACGGGAUGAGUGAAGGAGCUAAAAUGGGUCUAGUUUACAGAGACCUACUCUCUGUAACGCCAUUAAAAGAGUUUCUAAUGCGUUUUGGAUUCUCUCUGCAAAGAACCUUGAAACAGUUCGGGGACAAUCAGGGCGCCAUAAAACAUGUUACAGGGAGUCAGCCAGUUGCUCGCCUGAAACAUGUAGUCAUACGUAGUGCGUAUAUCAAAGAGCUGACCAAUACUGGAGAAGUGCAAGUCUUCUUCCUUGAAUCUGCUAAAAAUCGAAGUAACGUCUUAAGUAAAAUCUGUCGUGGUGUUGAGUUUAAACGUGGUCUAUUACAAUUAAAACUCCUCCAGGUUAACGCCAUUGAUGCGGAAGCCGAAUAAGCCGAAAGCGAAAAAGGAAAAACAGGAAAAGCGAAAAGGGAGAGUACUAGUAGUAAAAGUAACCGUGUACGAAACGAACAAUGGGAAUUAUUUGGUUGAACAAGAUGAAGAAUUAACAUAAGUGCACUGAAGUAAAUAAAUGAAAUAAGAAAGUGAAAGUACUCAAGUGCUGAGUACUAGAAAAGUGAAAAAGGUAAAGGCUGAAAGAAAGAAAUAAUUAAGGAAAGUAUUGAACGUCUCAACGAGCAAGUCAAGCAUUUAAGUAGUUGAAAAAGUGAAGAACAAGUAAGUACAAAAUAAACAAGUAAGUAAGUAAAUAUGGCCGUCCUGCAAUCAUAAAGUCAAAGAUUUCCAUAAGCGAAACAAGUAAGUAACUCGAUCAAAAUCGUCCAUUUUCCAAGUAUCAAAAACUAAGACUUCAAGCAUAUCAGUGCUAGAAGUUAAGAAGUAAAUAAUUAAAUAUUUUCCAACGUUCUCAGGGCCGAACAGAGUAGGAGGGGAUGUAUGGCGACCAAGUCUAUCAUCUCCGUCCGAGUGAAUGAGAAAAAUACUCUGUUCGCCCACAACGAGAACGAGAACCGAAAAGGUUAAGAAAAAGAAAGUGGAGAGAUUUGAGAAAUAGGAGCGUGCCCAAAUAUGGCACGACUCCAAUCAAUGAACUCCUACAAUGACAGCACUGAAAUCAUAGACCGACCAACUUAAUCGUGUGCAGGGCCGGCCUUUGAGUCAAGUGACAGACUAACCAAAUAGCCACAACCUCCCGGGAUAUAUUUACGAAGUGCUUAAGUGUUCACCUUAUACCGCAGAGAUGACGAGACUCCUACAUUGAUGCUUUUUAUUAUCUGUAUCAUACAUCUUCUUCCGAAAAAUCAAAAUCUCACUCACGCCUACAAUUUUCUGGCACUUCGCUCUACGCGGCUACUUUAUUAUCUAUCGUUGACUAUCAAAGGUGAUGGUGAAACAAAAAAAGUCAUGUCGUCACGAAAGGCGAUAUCAGGGGCACAAACAUGACAAACAAAAAAAGUGUUGUUGUUAUCGCACCUGAAAAGAGAGUCUCUUGCUUCUAAUCUGACGAAGGAAAGGCAACAGAGAAGCGUGGGACAAGGAUUUCCGAGCUUGGGUAGCGGAAGCCAAUACGCAUUUACAAGGGUUCGGCAUUCUUAUGAAGCCAGCCUCUUACUGCGAGCCAAGGGAAAAUCGUACUACUUUUUCUGAAGUUUUCAAAGUAAGCAUCACUCUAACAACUUAUAUAUAAUUUUCGCUCCUCGUCGUGGUAGGACGAAAAUUGAAGUAGAUGGUCUUGGGCGUGGAAGACAAUCUUAGGGCUUAGCUUUAGCUUCUGUUUCUGUCGCAAAAAUGAAAUGUUGAUCUAGGACGUUCUUUACGCCACCCCCAGCUUGAUCUUCCACCUACUACACUGAUCUAUCAACAAACACCUACAAGAACUACAAUCAACAACCAAAAAGGUCAAGGCAAGAUCGAGCGGUGGUUAUCCUUCGCUUUAUCCGCCGACGAACGCGCAGUGCUACAAGAGGAGUCCACGCUAGCGGGAUUUGUUCGACCAGAAGACGUUGACUUCCUAGUUCAUCCACCCUUCUAAGUCAUGCUGAGAGAGAACAAUUGUUGUAACUCGGGUCAUCUUCAGCAGCACGAAGAGUGCUACCAUCACUAGAUCUAGAUGCUGUUGAUGAAGCACAUUCUAUUAUCAAGCCUGUCUUCACGAAGUAGAUCACGAUCAACCUGCCUUAUGGUUAUGCUUUUGCUUUUGCCGGAAAGUUAUGCAGUUGAAGAAAGAAGUUGUUGAAGUAUAAUAUAUUAGUGUAUCAUGAUAGAAGAGUGUGGCUAUUAAUAUUUUUAGGUGCUUUUUACAAAGUAGGACGUUUCGAAAUUGUGGCUAGCAUUAUUCGUAUCGAUUAGAGCAUGCUGGUCCACUCACAAAUCACUGAAGUAGUAUCUUCUAUGAGUUGUUGUGUCGCUACUAGUAGUAGUUGCAAUUGCAGCAGAGUUUGAAUUGUUCUCCUUGUCAAGCCCUUUUUUUAGUUAUCAACCAAGUCUUUUUGGGCAUCCCCCGUCACUUGUACCUACAAAAGCUUUUAGAUAGAGUAAAAAAGAUGAAGCUAUACAUUAUAAUGAUGUUUCAGAUUGAACAGAGUGUGAACAUUCUUGGUGUCUUCGUAGAUAUUGAACAGCGAGGUUUCCCGAUCCUUCGAUGCAUAACCACGACGUGUGUGCAUAAGUAAUGUAUGUAGAGAAUGAGAACCAAACAGAAACUACAAGCAUGAUAUUGAUAAUGGUUUUAGUUUUAGAGCAUCAGCAUCAAUGUUGAAAAUAUGAAGGAAUAGGAACUCGAAAGUGUGACGAUUCUGUCAGUAUUGUCGUGUCUUCAUCUAUCGUAACUGGACGGCCAUGUGAUUUUCUGUAUUUUAGACCUUUCAGUGUUUUCCGAUUUCUUCAUAACAUCAAUGUAUAUGUUGUAGAGUCCUUAUUCGAUUCUCGAGUGACGACUUAAAACUUCUUGACCAUUUUGGCUCAAGAAAAUAGAACUUAAGCAGCUCCUCCUUUGGCUCAAGGUAUUUAAUUGAGAGAAAAAAGCGAGCGUCGAGUUGAGCGAUGUGUGUAGCAACGUCGAAAGAAUGAAAAGAGGAGGAGAAUGGCACAAAACGUCAGUUCGCGACACCAGACCUGCUCUUGCCUGAGCGGUCGUUGUUGAGUACUCUGUGGUUGCUUGCUAGGCUCCCAGUCGCAGGCGGCUCGCACAUAGAGCAUUUCUCUGCGCCCGGCGGAAAGCACUCGCGGAGCUUGCACAUAGAGCGCUCCAUAUCGCACGCGAGACCGCUCAUAGGUUUCGAUCGUAGCAGAGGCCGCGUUCAAACUGCUCGACGAGUAGCCCGCACAUAGGGCUCGCAGACCGCACAUCGCAAUAAGCUCUCACAUAGAGCGACCCGUUCUUGCUGGAGGUCGUCCGAGCGCUUUCGCAGCGGCCGCCCAUAGGCCCUUCCGACAAGCGACCUGCCCAUAGGGUCGUAGCUGACUGCGAAGAAGAGUCUCGAACACGAGGACCAAAGCACGCGUUCGCAAGAAACUCGCACAUAGAGCAUUUCUUACGCUUUACGAGAACUCCUUCAAGACCACCCGCAGCGGCCGCACAUAGGCCCUUCCGACAAGCGACCUGUCCAUAGGGUCGUAGCUGACUGCGAGGAAGAGCCUUGAACGCGAGUACCGAAGCACGCGGUCGCAAGAAGCUCGCACAUAGGGCAUUUCUUACGCUUUACGAGAACUCUUUCAAGACCACCCGCAGCGGCCGCACAUAGGCCCUUCGACAGGCGACCCGCCCAUAGGGUCUACGAUCGCGACCUCGCAUACCAGACCCCCGAAUGCGUAGCGAACGGCGGGCGCGUAAGUAGCUCGCGCAUAGGGCAAACGUUGCGUUGGAUCAGGUCACUCGCGGGUCAGCGCAGCGGUCGUUCUCAGGCUCUUCGACAAACGUCUUACCGGAGCCACCGUUCACAGGAGUCCCAGCGCGUGUUCUUCUUACGAACUCCGCAGGAUCCGGAGGCAUAGCACUUUCGCGCGAAUAGCGAUUCGCCGGUCGGUUGACACCGUGCCGUGGAGAGAGCAGGUAGGCCUCUCCACUCGAGGCGGAUGCUCCUGUAUCCGACACCGCAGCACGAAGCAGCGGUGGCUCUGACACUGGAGCACAAUCUGAGGCCGAAUAGCGUCAAGAAGUACGAGCGAUACGUAGUCGAUAUCCUCCGCGGGAACGGCAGACUCUUGAAGAGGGAAUCUUACCCGCAGACUUGGAACACGAUCACGGAUUGGGUGAAGGUCGAGAACUUUCAAAGGACGCUGUUAGAGAACGUGAACGAGGACAACAUUUAUGAGGAGGCCGCCGCGUUAGUAGCGGCGAAGCGCAUGGUCGAUAGAGGUCAGCUUCUUACUUUUUGGUCUUGGCGGAGGCCGCGCAACGAGGACCCGGAGGCAACACCGGAGCCACGAUCCGUGAGGCGGAUCACGCAUAUUGCGCUCCCAGCGCGCCGCUAAACAAGAGUACGAGGAGGAUUAAGCUAGCCGGAGCAGCACGGUCUGGCAGGAGAUGCGCCGUUGGUAUAGCAUUAUCGAAGUCGCAGCGUUAACGAUGGCGGAGCAGAUCCUCGGUCUGUAUAAGUUGAUCGCGCACCCGGCAGACGGCCCUUUCGUACGCGGGUACCGAGAAUCGAGCGGGUACUUCACGCAGCACAUGAAAGCGGAGACGAAAGCCGGUCUUGAGUGGUCAUCUCUCGAAACGCGAAAGGCAGCGUGCGGGAGUACGUUUUACGAGCAGGAGCGCUGGCGCCGAGAAUGGCUGGAUCCCGACACGGAAGGUGUCGCGAAACGGCGCCGGAGCGUGAGGAUCGAAGAAGCAUGGAGCGAUCCAUGGGGUUCCCGGGGCAGGCCGCCGAACGUGUACAUCCGGGAAAAAUCGGCGCGAGAGAGAGUAGAUCAGAUCAGGACCGGGACGCACGGUGCACGGCGGCGCCCACGCAACGGGUAUGACGCGGACGGAGACUCGGACUCGAGCAUGGAGUCUCCUUCAGCAACCGUCGCGAGAGCGCGCACCCCUUGGGUGACGCACCUUCGGAAGAACGAUCCGUCGAGCGUAGCGAGCGGCCCAUCGAGGCCUGCUCGCGAGCCAGCAGCGAACGGCGCGUCAGCAUCUCAAGCGCGCGGGCUGCGUACGAGACGAGCAUCAGAUCGUGAGCAACGACCGCAGAGGAGCAGGUCGGAACCUCCACUAGGCGCUACCACUGGGAGAAACGAGAAGCGCAGAGGCAGCGCGAGGAGCAGCGCGCUGCGCUCAGGCGCGCCGGGCGAGCGACGCAACGAUCCCAGCAUCCAAUUAGGAGGAGCAGCGGAUGCAGCUCGGCAUUCGCCUCGAGCGAAGGAGCGAAGACUAGUAACAGAGCCGACUGACGUGAGCGUGGAUGUUCCGCCAGAAUCAGCGGAGAACGGAGCGCGCAGGCAAGUUGCAGUGACUGCAUGGACGGAAUGCUUCGCCACGACGGGCGGCGGACCUAACCCUCUGCCGAAGCCGAUUCUGAACCCAGCCGGAAAGGGCGCUUGGGUGAGCGGCUGGAAAGGUGUCGACACGGACGGCCAGUGGCGCUUCUGGAAAGGGCAGAAGAGCAGGCCAGCAGACGCAUCGCGCGUUAAAGGAUCCGCAAAACCCGGAAAGAACCUGUUCUCAGCGCCACGCGUUGUCGGCGGGAAGAAUGACUGCCGAUUAGGAGCCGGAGAAGCCGCGUCAGCGGGACCUGCAGGAGUCAGAGGAGCACCGCCAAGUAGCCGCAGUGUGGCGGGUGCAGCGCUACCUUUGCAACCUAGGGAGAGCGUUUUCAAGCGGCAACCGCACGGAGCAAGCGUCACGUUGGUCGCGGCACGUGCCCAGUCGAGCGAGAGGUCCGCGUCACGCGCAAGCUCGACGUCGUCCUCAUCCUCUUCGACUUCGGACUCGGAAGCAUGCCCGCCGCACGACCCGCAAGCCUUGGCUGCGACGCAAGCUACGCAGGCACCAUCGACUGAUGAAGAGCACUACGCGCGCGCGGGCGCAGCGCCGGGUCGCAGCGACAGGCGGCUCUCAAACGCGAGAGUAAGCAAAGCCGGGUUGUCGCAGCACUACGCAGUAGGAGCGACAGCGCGGCACGCAACGAUUCGUCCGAUCGCGGCGCUCCUCGCCGAGAGAGCGAGAGCUGCGAUCGUGCACGACGGAGAGGCGAUUAUCCUCCCGAGAGUGGGUACGCAGCAAUGCAGAGCGAUUUUCGAAGCUGUGGGCCUGGUGUUCCUCCAAGCGGAUAGAGGCCCGUAUCGGGACAUCGCCCCUUUCGCGCUAGCGAGGCGCGUUUCUGCCCGAUCAGCUUUGGCACUUUCGAUUACGCACCCGCACAUCGACGGGAGGCCGGUAGCAGCAGCCGAGGCCGCACGCAGGCGUCGUCUCGUCGUCGAAGGCAAGAUGCCCCCGUACGAGGACUGGUCAGCGCGGCUUUUCGUGUUUACAGCAAUUCUUGCAGACCCAGGGGCGAUGGCGAACGCGACUGACGCGCAGCUGGCGCAGCUACCGCCAUCGAGACGGCACCUCGCGUUCGAAGAGCACGAGCCGAGAGCGCCGAAAGCGUCGUAUUUGUCUUCCGCGAAGAAGCUUGCAGCUGCGGAGAUCCCGGACAUGUGCGCGGAGAUGAUGAUACCGAACGGCGAGUCCGCGUUGGUCAGCGCAUACGAUGCUCUCGCGCGGAAGUUCGGUGGUGGCGCAGAUGCGAGGGCCGGUUCGUUCCUCGAAGAGUCAGCGAUGAGCGUCAAGUGUGGGAACGCCGAGACUUUCCCGACGCACUUCGCCGACUGGUGGAUAGUGCGCCAGACGACAUCGGACCCAGCGCCGCAAGUUUCGCUGCACGAGUGGCCGCUACCGGAAUUCGUGAAGACAGUCGCUGCAAUCAUGCGCGGUGAAGCGCAGCCAUGGAAGGCGCGAUGGCGCUGGCUGAGCAGAGAAGAGAUCAGCAGCUUCUGGCCUUCGCACACAGCAGCAGACGUGGGUCCGACAAUCUUCGCCGCGGCUCGUCUAAACAGGAUACACGCAUGCAGCAGCGAGGCGGAAGUCGACGACUUAGGAGCGUUCGACGAUGAAUGCGACGCUCAGCCGGAAAAUCGCUUCUGGGCGGAAACGAUGGACCAAUUCGACAGAGACGGCGGCAUCGGCUGGAACGUGGGCGGUUGGAGUGCCAGGCUGCGGCUGGGUGAGUUGGUGUUUAUAAAGAUGCCAGUCGCGAUCGCAGUCCAAGAGUUUAAGCGAGCCUUUUGGGCACGCGAAGAGAGCACGAUCGCCUUUACUAAGAAGAAAGUGAGAGGGCAGCCUGUUCCGCCAGCGGCGAUUUUGAAAGACGGGUCAGAGGUGACAGCGCUCGACUACACGGUAGCAGCGUCGACGGACGCUCUGGGGCUGGCCGCACCGGACGGGACCGGAGGUGCAGCCGUUUUAGUGCGUGCGGACCAGAUGCACCGCGUGUCGGACUCAGUGUCGGUAGUGCUGAUGGCGGACCCGGAUAUGAGGACCGACGCACGCACGGCGCUGCGGGGUGCGGAUGAUUUCCUCGCGUAUAUUGCUGCAGCGGUAAUGGACACGAUGAUAAUCAUCUCCGCGUACUACCGCUCCCCGAGAUCCUGCAGACCGAUCAAUAUCCCAUCUGUGAAGAGGGAGAUGGAGAAGUUGAUAGCGAAGCUGGAGAAGCAUCGCGCCGGCAAGCAAGUCUGGCUGUUCGGUGACUUCAACUACAUCAGAGGACAAGCCAGGCCAUCAGAUCCGCACCCAGAGCUCUUACGCGUUGCUUACAGGCCAUUGCAGAUUUUCGCUGGGCGCCCGAUCGAGGGCAUCGGGCCAACAUGCUGGCGCGCGACAGCGCACGGUGGCGACCCGUCCGCCGUAGACCAUAUUUAUUGCUCGUCAGUCGCAGCGAGAGCGAACGCGAUCGAGCGAUGGCACGUUAGAAGAUUCGCUCCGUGCCUGAUCGGCCCGGACACACCGUUCGCGCAGGUCCCAUCGGACCACGCAGCGCUGACCGUUCCAGGGUGGUUAUUCGAGCCAGCGAAAGCGCAGACCGACGUGUUCGCGGCGGCGAAAGAAGCAUGGGCGAAACACUACGCGGCCUUAGCGCUGAGAUGCCCAGUCCGGGUGGCCGCGGUAUAUUCGGACGUCAUGUUCCCGGUCGGACAGACUUGCCUCCAACGCGCAACAGCGGUGGCAGUCGCGAGCGUGUCGCACGGAUGCCAGUUCGUGGUCGACUGGAGCAGGAGAACAAAGUUUGACGGCAGAACGUUCGCCCCGGUAUAUCACAGGAAAAACAGUACUUAUUCUCGUUUUUACUACCACCGAUUUUCCCCAGAAGUUAUCUCGCCACUCAGUCGCAAGACAGGACCGCGCGGAUGAAGCCGACUACUUUCGCAGCCGAUGGCGAGAUCUUUAGCUAGCUAGUUUAACUACGAACAUCAAUAAAGUGACCUUUUAAACAUUUUUCUAGUAAGCCAGGAAGGUGCUAGGUAGUUGUGCAUUUUAUCUAAGCAAAAGUCACGACACUUAGCAUCGCGCUGCUCCGUAGGGGAUUGCUUCUCUUCAUUAUGAAGGAAAGAAGCCUACUCCUACUCAAAAGUCACAACCUCGCGAGUGCUCACGAUGAGCCACCUGAGCGGACCUGCGUACCUGGUGGAGGGUCUGCAGCCUCGGACAGCGGUGGGUAAGUGCAGCUUCUUAAGCUAGCUAGUUAAAAUAGGACUAUACUGACAGGCCCAAACGCCCUCCUCUUACCCGAGGCUCGUCCCCACUUGCCCCCAAGUGAGACUGAGACCUCCUACCCGCGCGCCGCUGGCUUUCGACGCCUGAAAUCGCCGUUCCUGAGUGACGUCUUUGCAGGUUCCAAGCUGCGGCACCACCUCGCAACGCUUUGAAGGGUGGCCGUCUUUCUGCAUUGGAGGAGCCAUCGGCAAUGCCGCGUUGAGUGGUCAAGUGGACUGGUGGACUCGUAGACUCUGGACGCAGGUCACCGCUGAACGGCCCGCUUAACCUUCUAGUUCUCGACCUAGUGCUUGAUGAUGACGCUGCUCGUGAUGUAGAUUCUCAUCGAAAGACUAGUACUAUUCUGCAUUGAGACGAAUGCUGACGCUAUCGGCUCACUCGGUAUUUGUUCCUCGUGAGAGUCCAUCAAGUCGAUUUGUUCGCUGGAUGAAGCACCACCAAGAGGAGAACCUCCUUCGAGAAUGAAGCAGGGGCCCUGCGCUGUCUUUCUAAUAAUGCAGACGAGAGCAGCACGUGUUGUGAGAGUGGCCAACAAAUUGCACUGGGUUCGCAUCGUGACACUGCUAUCGGGAGAGUGGUGAGCAUUUGAGGCACAUCAACAGACGGGCACACGAGGCGACUGUCGUGCCUUCACCAGAAUCAGCUCAGCGCUUAGAUGAGAAAGGCGCUCUCUGUGCCAGGAUUUAGGUCCUCUUGUCAUAGUCAGCGCACUUGUAAGCGAGUCGCUCAAGAAGAAGACACGAAAGAUGAUGCUUUCUGGGCGCCAAAGAGAUGGCCGCCGACGUCCAGAAAAAGUAAAAGAUGCCCAAGAUGCUUGGGUUGCUCUUCAGCGGCAGAUGGAGUACCUUAAUGGCGAUGACCUCGGCGACAUUGUGGCCAAAUGUGAGCGGGAGCGUCGACGCCGUACGCAAGCCGCCGGCCCGGGGAAGAAGACCUUCUGUUUUAAUAAUCAAGAGGGUGCGUCUUCUGUUUAGCUUGAUGCACAUCAUGACUUAUCUCCUUUGAACCCCAACAAGAUCAAGAUGGUGACGCUUCGGCUUCCACUGUAGCUAGAUCCCGACCCCUUGACUAUUGAUCCGCCACCCGCUUCCCAACUAGAGCUCCGCACUGAGAACCUCUGAAUUUCCAAAGCUCUCUUGCGAGCUGAUAUUUCUCCAUAACCAAUCAGAUCCGUGGAAGUCUCUCCCGCGAGGACCUCUGGCAAGCUGGAUUGCCAAGGCAGUUGGUUGGCCUGAGGAUGAAGUCAGUGGAAUUAUCACGUGCACGGAGGACGCUUUGCAAGUUCUGGCUUCUUGGGGCUUGAAUCGUCUGCGUGACAAGGUAUCUCUUUCUGGUAGUUUAGGUGCUUCGGUACUUAUGAAGAAGAACUUCUCUCCAAAUUCAACUGCUAGUGUCUUCAGAUGGACUUGAUUGCUGUUCGUUUUUCAUUCGUACGCUUCUCCCACCCAAUCCCAAAGACUUUCCUCGCGGAACAUCGUGAGGCCACAUCAAUUGUCCUCCCCUUUCCAGCUUCCGGAAGACCCGGAUACGAAGUUUCAGCCAACGGCUCAAUCAAUCUCGAAGAUGAUUGAUGAGUUGUGCCCCAAGGAUGUCCCAGCUCAUGCUGAAGAUGCUCUGAUCAAGUUGCAAAAUCAAGUCAAGAAGGUGCGUGCAAAAGAAGCAGCUGAAGCGCGCCGCGAGGGAUAUCAGGUAGCAAGAUUAGAAUGAAAUCUACAGAAGCUGCAAGUUCCUUUCUCCUCCCACACCACCAGCCCACUCCUCUAAUUCUUUCGCUCCGAUCCGACUCCAGUCGAAGAUGAUGGUGCCGCGAACGCAGAUGCAAGUUUCCCAAGGAGGUGGCGGAGAGCGAAUGAUGAUGGGCAACUUCUUCGGGACAAUGCUGGACGCCAUGAUGACCGGCAAGCGCAACCACUUGUUCCCCGGUGACGAAGAGCGAAGUUCUCUGGCGCUUUGUGAUGACUACAUGGCAGGUCCAGCUGGUGGCCGUACUCCGAUGCUGGAAGAUCGCAGGAUGGACAAUCACCGCGAGCGGACUGCUCGUCGCGGCGGAGAAGGUAGACGAGCGAUCACGGAGAAAGAGUCGCGUCAUGGUCUGCUGGCCCUGGAAGAUGCACUUCCUGAACAUAAUGCACUCCGAGCCCGCCGCUCGAAGACACAUGAUGCAGAUGUCGAACGUCGUCGCGCAGCGCACCGCCAUCGUGGAAAUCUCCGCUCAUCUGAUGAGACUCAACCUGGAGCAUCUGCAUCUACUUCCGACUCACUCAAUAGUAGCAAGAGAGACAACGCCUUCUCUCGUGGAGAUAGUGGUAGUAGUCGCGCAGCUUCUUUUCGUGAGGGCAGCAACAAUGGGCGAACUUUUGGAGCAGCGCCGAAGCAAAGCAGCAGCAGCAAGAUGUCCCAACCUACGCGUAAGCGCUUGGCUGAUGAGAUUCCGGACGAUAUGAGCAUGCCAGAGUUCUCCGACGGUGAGCUCAACAUGGAUGAGGUCCAAAUUCGUCGCCGCAACACCAGCUCCAUGGCGUCUCCUGGAGCCGGGUCUGAGGAUCUCGAUCAACUAGAGUCAGAAGAUGGCAGCUACUUGUCUCCGAAGGAGGAGGAGGUGGACGAUGAUGAUGAGCUGGAAAAUGGUAGUCGUGCUGAGGCGAAGAAGAACCCUGCAAAGAACUCGCACAAGCAGAAGAAUCAUCCUCGUGUGAAGGCUUCUAGCAGCAAUCCGCUCGGGUGAAGAUCGUCUUUGCUGAAGACCAACGCAAAGCUAACAGGGAAACUGGGCUAGUUAGAGCUAGAGAAGUAACGGCGACGCUAUCAUCAUCAGACGCAGACUUUCUUCUUGUUCAAAAAAUUUAGUUACAAUGCAGAAGCACUCGGGAAAUGCCAGGACUUGAGUGCGGCACUUGAAAUAGUUAAACAACACCGAUGACCUACGUUAGCCUUCUUUUUCUCAUAUCGAUUUGUAGCUUAGUAAGGUUCUUAGUUCUGAAAGGAUUUCUUAUCGACUUAAAAAAUUAAAAGAGUUCAGCUUCUGACGUCCGCGAAUUACGUAAAUGUCGACUGUAGCAGCUAUUUCGUUCUUCAUUUUUGAAAUUAUGUAGUUAGGUUCCGAAGAAAGUAACUCACUCGCUCGGUGUUAUCAAUGAUGUUGUUUUAUAGAAAUUAGCUCAUCACACUAGAAUUCAUAAUUAUUAGCCAUCUUCUCAAAGUAAAAAGGAGUAUCGAACUACUUGAACAAGUUCAGGCCAACAGUCAUGACUUUUCUUGUUAAAACACAAAUCCACCAUAGGCCACAACUCUCAAGGCAGCCGCAGUUAGGUCGAGAAUCAGGGGCCGCAUUUCUUUGAUCGAUACCACCUUGCUUUUCGUGCGUUGGCUGGUCCGUUUCUACUUGGAGCAAUGAGUGCAGGGCUCCAUCGCGUUAGAUCGUCAAUCGUUGAGGGACGAGGGCGCCGGUUAUGUUAUUCAUUAGACCUCAAACUGCUCCGGCAGCUAUAAUCAACGAUGCCGUAUCUUCAUCCCCAGGCUUCACCGUGCACCACUUCACUCCGAGUUUUUGCAUCAGGUGUCGCUGAAUUCUCAAACAUAAGAUCAGGGCAGAAUCGUACUCAGUAAACAUGCCGGCGUCCAGCCUCAAAAUGGACCCUAGUCGUCCACACACGCUUCCGCGUAUUCCUGUGGUCAGCGGCACUCUCCGCAUGCGGCUUUUUCUACCACGCACUGUCGCACAGAACUGGCAGAAGAGCUAUCACGAAAAGUGGCUUGCGCAGCGCGACGCCGUGAAGGUUUUGGCGCCAGAGUUGGCAAACGAGAGCGGACUCGACAAGAAGAACGCGGAAGCCAGCAAGAACAUUGGACUCGAAGCGGUACUGCAGUCUUGUCAUUCUUGUUUUCAGCUGUGUCGGCAAGAUGGUCUCAAGUGGUUUCAGUCGUUACGAUUCUCGUCCAGAUCUCCUCUCUGCUUCUCUUUGAAAUUCAUGACAUUGCCUUACUUUCUAGGUGGCGACGUUCCGGGUGAUGGAUCGUUCUCCUAUCUUGGAGCCAGUUAAAAAAUGGCAUCUGCAGCAGAUUAAGAUGGUCGACCAUAGUACCCACGGGGGUGACGUUCGGGCUCUGGCAAAGGCGUUUGAGGAUCACUACUUCAACUCCUUGAAGACCCGAGAGGCGAGCAAAUGCUUCCAGCUGGUACUUAAGUCGCCAACAGUGAUUACUCUUGUUCUUUUGAUGUGAUAGAGUUGCGCCAGACGACAUCUUCUACCUAGAUCUAGUGCAGCAAAGAACUUUGACCAUGAAAAUUCUGGUGCAUAAUUGACGCCCAAAAAAUCUCCCACCAGAAACACAUCCUGCGGACCCACAUGGACGUAGCUUUUAUGCUGGACAAGUUCCGCAAGAAGACGCAUCUCAUACCUAUUGCAGGAUGCUGCAGCUUCCGCAAGUUUUCUGGGGUUAUUAAUAUCCAAAGCGACGGCAGCGUGAAGGGCAAGGAGAAAAAAGAGGCGUCCCAGGUGAGCUUUCUUUAUGCUUAACUCUCUUGCUCGCUCCUUCUAGCAUUUCUCACGACUGUAGCGGAUGAUCUUGAAGAUUCUCUUUCAAAGUUUCACUGCUAAGCUUUUUCUGUUGCAGCAGCAUCAUCUUCCGUUCUCAGUUGUUUUCCAUUUUGCGAGUCCUCUUGUCGAACUUGCAACUUCGUUUCCUCGAUCGAGGUCCAUCGAAAUACACAGCAAAAUCAUCUUGCUCCACACUUCUCCCAGAUCUACUUGUCGUACUUGGACGGUCGUGAUCAGUUGCAGACGAUGAUGGCGCCGCUCGCUCUUCAGUCGAGUCUGGGCCCCAAGGCAGGAGCUGAUGUGAAGUAUGGAGCGGCUUGCCGACGUGUUGCUGGAUUGGUGCGGCUUCUGUCUAGCAUCGGUGGCCCGGAUUUUCUCCCUGAAGUGCUGCAGCACAUGAACAACGGGGCAAAGAGGAUCAUCAUUGUUUGCGAUGGUGAUCAGGAAGAUGCAGAACAACGCGCAUAUCUGGGUCUCGCGCGAGUCUUGCCGAUUUGUGCGAGAUUCGGCAUGCGCCACCGCUUGAGCAACAACUCGAACAAGAACGCCAAACUCAGCUCCUUGCGUGCGGAGCUGCGCACUUGCACUGGUGGACAAAUCUCCAAGAAGUCGCUGCGCGGAGGUCUGGAUAAAGCUCGGCGCGAGCUCCUGAAUAAAGUGCAGAAUGGUCAUGUCACUCCACAUGAUGAUCGCAUCCAGCGAGAGACUGCGCUCUCAGUGGUGCAAGCGUUGGAGAAAGGUGCUUAUACCGAAGAACUUCUUUGCGAUUUUUGCUUCCUAUGGUUUAAUCAGAUGGAAUCGCAACUCCUUGACCCCAAGUCUUCCCUUAAUGCUUCGGGGUGUGAAUUCGGCGCGGCUACGGUUGUCGAAACAGCUUUGGCACAUUGCUUUUCGGAUGAGGUUUGCUGCAAGUGCUCAUGGCGUCGUUCUUCUUGCGCGUCGAUUGGAGCCGACUUUGGUCAAAGGUUGGGUCCAACGUUCGACUGAUCGGAUCCGUGGGUGGUUGAAAUCAUGGCUGAAGCCAUGCCAUGACAUGCAAAAGAGAAGUCCUUAUGCCUCUUCCGAGAGGGUUUGGAGGCCUCUCCUGCACUGGAAUCCACGCCUUUGCCUCUCGCUGUUCGUUCCCAUCAUUUAGACCCACUGGCAUCCGGACUGUUGGCCACCUUUGACCCCUAAUCACGACUACAGAAAAACGCAAUCACUUUCCAGCUCGUUAACAAAUUGAUGACAUCGAAGACGGCUCGGCGAGUGGUCUGGACCUUGGUUUUGAUGGCUGGCAAGUGGACCCAAAGAUCUCCAUUUUAAACGCAAAAAAUUCCCGCUUGACGAAGACCAAUUCACACCCCUAGGCAUCUCCUCAAACCAUCACCUUACUUGUCUCAUCGCUAAAGAUAGCCCAGACCUUCUUUCCCACCUCUCACCACCCAGAAACUCUCUUCGCGUCGUAUGUGCGUGCCCGUUGGUUCAGAAUCCAAUACGUGAGCCGCUGGCAUGCCAAGUGUGGCGGUCUCGCGUUAGCCAUUAUUGAUCACAUGCUCGAGGCUGGGAAACAACGCAGAGGGAUUCUAGCUGUACAUCCACAGGAGGACCACAGUCUCCUAUUGCAAGAGGAGGGACCAGACAGCAGCUACGCCGCAGCAGCUAACCGUCCUGGUUUUGCGGAUGAUCUACCUGACUUCGACGACUUUUUUCCAGGGGAGGCUGUUGUAGAUGAUGGAGGAAAUGUCUUUCAGGAGGCUGCUUUGCUUCGUGAUAUCAUGGACCGCGAAGCAGCUCGUGCGGCUCAGCCACCUGGUCCAUCUUCUAGCACAUCUGCUGCUCCUGCUGCUGGUGUUGUUCCUGUCGCUGCAGAUGUAGUUCAGCCCGAGCCGGCUCCUCCGGUCUUCGGUCCAGUUGCGCCUCCUCCUGGAAAGGGCAACUUAGAGCAGGACGAGGAGCACUCACUUCGUGGUGAUCUGGAGAAACUGAAGGCUCUACACCGUGCCUUGUCCAACAUCUCGGAAGCGGAGACGUCUUUCCAUGUGCAGUUGCAUCGCGCGCCGUUCAUCUACCACGCUAUUCACCUUAAGAUGACCUACGGGCGCCAAUUUUCGGAGGAGAGUAUGCAGGUGCAAGACCGGGAGUUUGCGAAAUUGUAUCCGGAUGUUGUUCUUGAUCGAGGUGUAAACGUGUUCCAGCUUUCUGCAACGAAGCACUUUCCAGCAGCUCUAUCGAAGAUGCUCGCGGCUCCUCUGCAGAUGAUGUGGGAUCAACAGCAAGCGUCAGAGGCGAUGGAAUUCGCGAAGUUGACCAUGCGCUACUACAUCUACUGUGUCUACGAUCCGCACUUCAGCCUUUGGGUGAGCAUCUUCUAUCGCCAGAUCGUGAUGGUGACCAAUCAAGUUGACAUCGCUCAGCUCAACGCCAGACCGGCCACGAUUCUGCAGAACAUCUUCAACACGUUGCUCAACGACAACAGUACCGAUCUCGCCAAGGAACUAAUCAAGUUCAUCAUCUUGUCCGGAGCUACCUCCGACUCGGAGGGUGAGUCGUUUUGGAGGUUCGUAACGGGUGGAGAGAAGCUCACACGAGCGACAGCUGGCCAAUUCCGCUUACACUACCGCAGACUUCUAUGGCAGAAGCAGACCAUCUUCGAGAAAAUGGCGAGCUUGUUUGCGAUCGGGAACAAGGUUCGUGCGUGUGAUGUGAAAGGUUUCCGUGAGCAGAUCCGCGACGCGAGCAAAACCACGCAGCAGGUUAUGGACUACUGCGCCGAGAACGGCACUGAAGGGAGACAUCAGGUGGAUGAGUUGAAGAAACUAGAGAGAAUCAUCCAUGAGCAGCCGCUUUCAGUAGAAGAGCACUCCAUCCUCAACAAAGCAGCCAAGAUCAUCGGCGAAGGUAAGGGCGAGGUGUUUUCACACGCGAUAACGUACUACAAGCCCGGACUUGAAAUAGCAGCGACGUUGGAGGACAGCUCUGGCCGUAGUGCGGAGCUUUUGCGCUUGGUGGACAAGCUAGGCCAAAUCGUCGCCGAUUCGUCCAACGUGCGCCGCUUUUGGAACAACAGCGGCUUCGUGAUCUACCAUGACGAUGAGAAGGACCAGUAUUGUUGUGUCAUGGAACCAAAAGGCCAGUGCCUUGGCUUCGACAUGAAAAUGUCGCAGGACGGUGGACACCUUGUCUGCGAUUGGCGUAAGCCGCGACCCAUCUUCGGUUACCGCGGAGACUGCAAACUUUUGGUCGACUAUGAAUGCACUUUCAGCGCAGGAUUUCUCGGCGUGGCUGUGUACAACGCGAACUGGAUCUCCUUCGCCGAGCUGUUGGAGCGCUGCGUCUCGCUGAUUCCCGGCAACCUCCUCUCCAAAACGCUGGGAUACUACCUGCAGCUCCCGAUUCCGGAAAUCCCUAGGGAGACGCAGAUGCGAGCACUGCUCAAGAAGAUCCUGUUGAUGGAGCACGACGAUGCUCGCGCAGAGUGGGUGAAGUUCCGUGAUGGUGAGAUCCAGAAUCUACCGAACCUCAUGCAGGAAGUGCAGAACUUUGGUGGUGGUGCUGGUGGUGGAGGUGCGCCUGCUGGCGGUGACCGAGUUGAGCGCACCUUUCUUGGUCGCUCCGUCCAUGACAAGUACUGGCCCAUCCACUGCACCAUCUGCAAGAAGGAGGUUGCACGCGUCCGCAUCCAAGCGAGGCGAGCAGGCAAGAGCAACAAGGUCUCGGAGGGGCUCUACCUGAAAUACAGUCCCGGCGAGACGCUGCACCCGACGGACGUGAAGAUCCCCACUGCGACUCUCGGAUCCACCUCCAACGUUCCGAACCGCAUCAAGGAGGCACUCCAGAGCAAGGCCAAAGAAGUGCAUCGCCGUAAGCAUCAGGAGCAGGCGCUAACCGUGAAGGAGAAGAAGUGUCCAUAUGCUGCAGCACGGAUCGCAAAUGCGGCUUCGUCGAGUAGUCGUGACCCACUGGCUGCGCCUGCGGCAAAUCCAUUCAACGACAACGAACAGCUUCAGGCUGAAUACGACCGCAUCUGCCCCGAGGUGCCAAAAUCGUCACCGACACCCAAGCGCAAGAAGACCGACUGAAAGCCUUGGAGGCUUGGCAAGAUCUAGACUUACAACAACAAGAUACUAGCUGUCUCUCGAUUCUUAGAAGAAGCAGCAAACCAGGAUAGUUGGCACAAGAUGGCGCUGCUUGUUGCCUCCAGCUGCGGAAGAAAGUGGCUGUGGCUCUCCUCUUCACAGCCUACGCAUGGCGAUUUCCUCAACAGUGAUCGCAGAUUGAGUUUGGGGCUCUUAUGUAAUUGAUCAAGUAAAUCAGUCAACAGCUCAAGCAGGUCCUUCUUUCAAAAUUAUGAAUCAAUCAUAAACAAAUCAUGGCAGUUGGAGAAUUUAUGUUCAAGUAGGAAGUUCAUCGGAUAAAGCUCUUGAUGUUGAUAGUUCAGAUCUCCCCAAUGUUAAAGAAUUCAUUUUGAAUCGUAUGAAAAGUUUAGAAUUGUUAAAGUCGUGAGGUAACUAUAUCAAGUUCAUAAUUAUUCAGGAAGAUGCUCGGCAUCAACACUCAAGGCAGACGAUUCGGUCGGUGCGUAAUUUAGAAGAUCUAGAAGCACAAGCCACCACGUUCUUAUCGAAUGAAGUUACAGCUUAGUAUCAAUUUUAUGCAGGGAUCCGCAUCGUAUUUAAGACGAUCUGCUACUCUUCGCUCGAGAAAAAAAGCUCCGAAAUUUUGAAAGAAUUCCAACCUCAGCAACGUUUGACUUCAAGACCCGCUUCUUCUUGGUCACCCGUGGAGUCCGCUCUGCGUUUUCACUCGGGUCCACGAUCGUCCGCAUUGGCAACGAGAGGUCCUUUUUGGAAAGGUCUUCGGGAGAGAACCAGUAGUGAUCGCACCAGUAGUCUUCGUCUGCUUUUCUCGAAACGUAGCAAGCUCCACGUGGGUAGAUGUUCAAGGUUCUCGACCACUUUCGUUCAGCGCUAUCGAAAUGGUGAGGGACAGAAAUGGAUUACCAUACUCGACCAAGAGUGGUAGUCGAAGCUUCUUUAUUGGAGGGGAAGAGAUGGACAUAUGACGACAGGCGUGGACUCAAGCCGAUGGCUGGGUCUAUCGCAAUAUGGAUUCAAUUACAACAAGAACAGCAGGGAACUUUAGCAAGGAUAAGCAUCAGAGAAGCUAGACCAUAGCGUACAAAUGGAUGCGCCUGUCCUCGGCUUCGUCCUCGUAGGGUGCGUGCCCUUGUGCUUGGAGGAUGUUGAUCGGCACAAUGUAACACCCGGUCCAGACAGCUGGCGUCUUGUCAGAUUCUCGAAGGUGCAGCACGAUGUAGUCGAUUUCUGCUCUAGUGAAUCCGCUGCCGCUUUUUCUGUAGUUUGGAGGUGGGCUUCGUGAGGUACUUCGUUGUAGUUCAAUUUGAGUAGUAUUCUUUGAUGGUGUUUCUGGUUAGAUUUGAGAUCGGAGAAGAUGUAGCUUUAUUGGUGUCACCAUCAUAAGUGGCUCGUUUUCUAGUGGGAGUCUUUAGUCCGCAGGACGUCUAGGAACCCUUCUCCUCUUGUAGUGUAAGUUCCUUCGACGGUCUCCUGAGCAUGGAGUCAACGCUAAUCUCUAUUCAUAAGACAUAAUCUCGGUACCUGGUAGUGGACACCGUUGCUCCAGUGAUUUUCUCUUUUCUACGUUGAAACUUUAGCGUUCGUUCUUGGCACCGGAUGGCUGUGCUCUUCGUUGUCCCAUGUUUCAAAUAUCCGUCGACUGCGGUGAAUUCUACAGGAUUCCUCUCGUAAAACCACUCAGAUUCCCCUUGCUCGAGAGCGCGGCAGAAGGCGUCACGCAUCGAUAUUUCUAUCAGGGUAUUGCGGCCGGUGGCGAAUGCGCCCGGGAGCGUGUCUGGCUGACGAACUGCCCACUUAUCCCACAGUAGUGCGAGACUUUUCCCGAGUUCCAUGGCUGAAACCCAUAGGGAUUCUUCGCGCAUAUCCAUUCGUCUGUAGUCCUCGCGUCGGUUGACUAGGAUCGCGAUCCCCUUCUUCUUCCAGCUCGAGAAGCCACAGACUGCACAGCCGUGAUGCGCUUGCUGCUUCGAUGUAAUCUGAUGGCGGAUCUGGCGCACCCAGGCAGAAAAGUUCUUGCUCUCGCUGCAUUUUACCUGGACUGGAAGCCACCUUCCUUCGCCUGUCUUGGGUGCAGAGAGGGGCCGCGCCGCGAUGUCGGCCGAGAGCUCUGGUAGAUUGCAUAUUUCCAAUGUUUUAGACAAGCCAGCAAAAAGGGCUACUGAGGUCUUUUGUUCGAUUUUCUUCGGAAGGGUUCCCAUGUUAGACUAUACCCUGCGCCCGCAGGCGGGGACGAACGAUCUAAAGCUAGACUAUCGGAUAGCGUGAAAGCAUAGAAGGGCGGGGGAUGCACAUUAUAAGUAGACACAAACAAAAGGAAAUCUGUCUCACUGGGAUGUAGGUUUUAAAAUGGAGUGGGUAGCUCUAAGGCUGACGGACUUGGCUAACGAACUUACUCAGUAUUAGACCUCAACGAUUUACCAGAGCUUUCUCUAUAGAUCUCUACUUAGAUCAGUAAUUUCCUCCAUCUUAACACUUCUCAGGUUGGACGAUCUAUCGGCGGAGUAGGCGCAUUUGAAUGAACAGUGUGCUUCGAGGAUCCUUUUUGAAGGUCAGGCGUUGCGAGGUGGUGCCGCGGCUUGGAAUAUGCAAAAACGUCAUCCAGGAGCGGCGAUUUCAGGCGUCGAAAGCCAGCGGCGCGCGGGUAGGAGGGCUCAGUCUCACUUGGGAGCAAGUGGGGAUGAGCCUGGUGGAAGAGGAGGGUGUUUGGGCCUGUCAAUCUAAUCCUAUUUUAACUAGCUAGUUUAAGACACUGCACUUACCCACCGCUGUCCGAGGCUGCAGACCCUCCAUCAGGUACGCAGGUCCGCUCAGGUGGCUCAUGGUGAGCACUCGCGAGGCUGUGACUUUUGAGUAGGAGUAGGCUGCUUUCCUUCAUAAGAAGAGAAACAAUCCUCUACGGAGCAGUGCGAUGCUAAGUAUCGCGACUUUUGCUUAGAUAACAUGUGCAACUAGCUAACAUCUUCCUGGCUUACUAGAAAAAUGCUUAGAAAGUAACUUUCUUGAUGUUCGUAGAUAAACUAGCUAGCGAAAGGCCUCGCCAUCGGCUGCGAAAGUAGUCGGCUUCAUCCGCACGGUCCUGUCUUGCGACUGAGUGGUGAGAUAACUUGUGGGCAAAAUCGGUGGUAGUAAAAAAGAGUAUAAGUGCUGUUUUUCCUGUGAUACGGUACUCGCAGAUCAUAUAAUGCGAAGGACGUAUCGCCCCGGACCCAGCGCAGGCGACUCUGGCACGCAGGCAUGGCCGCCGAAGAGCAGCGGGCAUCGCGCGCGUCCGAUCAGGAAUCUCGCGGACCUCGAGCGCGUUCUGACGAAAGUCGCGGUGAAGAAGAAGUUCGUGAGCGGGCAGCGAGUCGACCAAAAAGCGUCGAAGAUCGAUUGGUCCAGGGACGUGCAAGACGUAUCAGCCGCAGGUGCGCGCGAGGACGAGAAGCUUGACCCGAAGAAUAUUAUAUAGCGGCGGCGGCGCGCGCAGCAGCUACCCUUCGGACGGGCGCUUCGUCGAAGAGCGACAAAGCGUUUCAGAUAGUAGACGCAUGUAAAGCGGCGUUGUACGGUAGCAAGCGCGGGGACCCGGCAGGCGAGAUCCUAUUCUGCGUAGCCGGGGCGUUGACCGCCGUCGGAGCGGCGGAAGUAGCGAAGAGUUUACUUCUAGCGCACCUGUGCAAAGCGCGUUUCGUUAGGGAGUCGACGCGGACCCUGGCAGCGACACCCUCUCGGCGCGAAAUGUACAGGCAAGUGCUGGCAGUCGCGAAGGCGACGCCACCGUUUCCGAUGCCGACUUGCGAAACUCUUGGCGAAGAUGGCCCUCAAGCCGCAUAUGCGCUCGCCGAACGGCACCAGGAAAUCGUUAGUUACAGCAAUGCGGCACCACCCGGUGACAACCGAAACAUUGAGGAACGCAAUAAACGACACUACGCAAGGCAUCGCGCAGACGACGCUGCGCGCGUUCGAGCAAUAUAUAAGACCGGAGAGGAAAGUCCUCGUCGCCGCCGCCUUGCACAAGAGCGGUCGGACAGACCGAGCGAACAAGUUGCGGAUCGCAGUUUCCGCAGAGAACUUGCAUAGGGUCGCAGCGCAGAAGUGCUGCAUCCGCCUGAAGCAGAGGAUGGAGAAGAGCGGUCUGUUAGGUUCAUGGAUCGGCACUGGCAGGCCUGGAGCAGGCCUCGACGCUGCGUUCAGGCAGCAGCUCGAUGUGAUAGGCCGACUAGCGGAGCGAUCGCAACAUCUGAGCGGCGCCGACGGGCUCCACCAACAGGCCGCAGUAAUCAUCACUACGGACUUCGAGAACAUGUUCAACUGCCUGUUUUACGAAGUAAUGGUUAAGGUGAUGACGUUGCACGGAGCGCACCCGCAUGACAUAGCGUUCGUGAUGUCUCUGCAAGCGUCCAAGACGGUGUUCUUGAGGAACGGCAGGAGCGUCGCGGCUUUGCGUCGUUUUUACGACCUCGUCAUAGGGGACCCGAUCGCGAUGGAGGUUUCGCUCGGAGUCAUCGCGCCGUAUCUGGCAUCGCUGAGGCGGGCUUUCGACAUGCUAGAAGCGAGUGUCGCAGCGCGCGCCGCAGUCGGAGAGAUGGAUGAGUACGAGGACGAAUUGUUCCGCGAGCGGAGAAGGAUUCUGACGCGAUGGGAGCAGGAAUACUCGGUAGCAGAUGUCCCGCGAGAAUACUUCCACAUCGAAAAGUCCAUCAACGAAGCGGUGCAGGCGCCCUUCGCAUUUUCUGAGAUGCCGACUUCACCUCCACAGAACGACACGGAUUUCGAAGCAUUCCUCAGAGCAUGCGUCGACGACAUCACAUCAGCGCUGCGCGCACCCGUUCGCGAGCUCUUGACCCCGUCGGAACGGAUCAAGAUGACAGCCAAGCUGAUGAGCGCAAGGACCGAGCAGAUGUGCUGCGAUUCGCAGUUGUUUUUCGCAGCCCGCGAGAAAUUCAUCAUGGCAAUACUGUCGUGGGAGCCGAUCGAACAGAAGGAAGCGAUGGCAGCAGCGCUGGCCCCUUUGUUUACAAUUUGCGGGUUCGCGCCGAGGGUGGUGCACGAAUCGAGGAUCGUUGGAUACGUGUAUCGCCUGCCGCUGGGCGACACUGUCGAAAAGCAGCUCGCCAUAGCAACGGGCUUUUGCAGGUUGUUAUGCAUGCGCGCGCGAGCGAUGCUUGGGAGAACGUUAUCCCCAGCGAUAGCUUUGGCGAUAUUGCAGCAAGCGUUGGCUUCUCCGACGACUCAUUUGUGGAGCGCCGCGUACGACCGUCUCUCGCAAGAAAGGAUCGAGGACAUAGAGCAACGGCUAGCGGUCGCUCUCCUGCCGGAAAUCGGGAUAGCCGCGCCAUUAGUGCAGCAUAUUAGAGCGGCGAACCCCGGAAUCACUGAGCGGGAGAUCCUGUUUAGCCCGAUAACAGGCCUGCAACCGAGAGGAACGGUAGGCGCGAGGAUCGCGGACAGCGGCCUCAUAGAGUGGGCAUCUCUAUCCGGCGACCGCAGGUUAGCAGACAAUAUAACGGCUGUCAUUGAAGAACUGGCGGCCACGGGCAACAACGCGGGUGCCUCGUGUAGCGAUCGGGAGUUCAGUAAUAUCUCCUAUGACAGGAGGGAGGGCCCUAUGCCAGUAGAGGCAGUAGACGCGGUCAAGCUGGCGAAACCAGCAGAGGCGAGAUCGUCGUAUCGCGCCCUAGGAGCGUCAGGGACAGCGCCACCGGAGAUCACCAAAGCAGCGAAGACAAAGGUGCAGACAGCGGCAGUCACCGUGAUGUUGUUUGCUGAGCACGCUGAAGCGGCGGUGACAGCACCCGACGGAGCGGGCGAGACGCGAGCGUUCGCAGUGCGCGCGCAACUUCCGGAUGGAGCAGCCGUGAGCCAGCACGUCGCGAGGAUAGCCAGACAGGCGAGAGCCGCAGUUGAGGCAGCGCACGACGCUGUACGCGCCGCGCAGGAGGCGGGCGUUCACGUGCAGGAGGUGAGAAUGUACGAUAUGUACACCCUGCCAAGGGGGAAGACUUUGGCUUUCGAAUCCCUAUGGGCGUUGAAGCAUAAGUUGCGGACAGCAGGCGCGACGCUGGAACUGCGCGCGAGCCGAGCGCCACCGGAAGUUAGAGCGGCAUGGCCGAAACGGAAGGAGCAGCGAACUUUGCGGUUGAGGCUUUACGACCGGACCCCGUGCUUCUGAUGCGAUCAGCAAUCGACGACGACAGAGCGAUAGGAGCGGUGUCAUCGUCGAUGCCGAAGCUGUCGAAGAUGAACGAACAGCAGGCGUGGCCAGACGUCAUAGCGACGGUGGCGGGCGCCUUUGGGUGCCACGCUAUGGCAACGGACCGGAUCGACGAUGAUAUGAACGAUUCGGACGACGCAGCAGAAAGGGGGAGAUGGGGCGGUGCGUAGCCGGGCAGGACCGGUAAUGUUCCGGUUCAGCUCGGCGACCCGCUCGGUCUUUUCGCGAAAGGCCCAGCAGGGGCGGAGCGACAGGGCUCUUAGAUAGCCAAGAUAGAUAGAUUGAUAGGUGCGUACAGCUACAAAAUACUUUGUUAAGAGUUCGUAGCGUCUUUCAAGUGUGUGUGACGAGUAGUACUGGAAGUAAGAAGAAAACACGUGUGACAAAGCAGACGGGCGGGGGACGCGAAAAGAAACAAAAAAAAAAAAAAAAGCAACGCAGUGUGUCCCCCUUUGAGCCAGCAGCGUCAAUAUGGAGAACCAAGACAGCGUCGCGACGCAUAAAUAACUCAUCAGUCAUGCUAGGUGGGUGAAAGAUGACAUCACGGAAUCGACGACUUUUCUUUGUUUUUGUUCUUUUUGUUUUUGCUGAGGAAAGUGCACUUGUUCUUUGAAAUAGAGGAAGAAGGCAAAGCCUCAGAACGUGGGUCAGCCUGGACCGCGUCGCAAGACGAGCGGGUUUAGAACGGUAGAGAAAGUGUCGUAGCGGGAGCCUCACGUCUGUGCUUGGGGUAGCAGGUCUUUGUCUGGACGAAGUUAGUGACGGACUAAAGUGAGAAUAGCGGCGACCCGUGCGAACGGGAAUAAGUGAUCCGCAACAGUAUGAAUAGAGCGAAGCUUUCUAUCUGUGUUUUCUUGUCGAUUCCCGCUAUACCAGGACGAGUCAGUGCGCGGCGUUUUCGUUGAAAUCAUCCCCGAAGUAGGGAGUUCGGAUUGUAUCUUUGAGUCAGUUCAUAAGUAAAAGUAGAAUCGAAGAAGAGCACUCACUUAUCCAUCGUAGAGACGUAGAAAAAGAUGAAGGCCUAGUCUAUGCCUGGUUUGAGUUGAAACAGCUAGAGCGCAGAUAGGAACUUAGGCGGGACUGCAGCGCCGCGAGCGAGAAGCGCAGCGCCGGCACCAUCUAAGCUAGUUUGCGACUCCGUGUAAAACUAAGAUAGGGGCCACAGUAAGUAGCGGAAGCGAGCCUUUGGCUUUGAGGAUUUCGACUUAGUCUAUCGUACCAGGAGACGCUCCGAGCACGCAUAGCUCCUUAGAAGGAAAGGAUGACUCGAGCGAGCUCGAAUGAGCAAGCGAGCGUGCGUGUCCAGCGGCCGCUGUCCUUUCAGCAGGCCCUGCGCGCGCGCGUCGCGAAGCAAAUAUCUCAUCUGAGCUACUAUAUUAAAUAUGUGAAGGACAUGGGCGCUGAGAUGAACAAAAGAUGGCCGGAAAGGAUCACGAAAGAAAGACUAUCCGCACACACUUUUGUAGGGAUCGCUUCUGAAGUCGUGCGAAAGGACGUUGCGUACUUGUCUGACGAAUUAGCUAGAUGGGAACCGGUGGUGUCAGUCGUCCAAGGGCAAACUUUUCACCACCGCGCUCCAGCGAAGUUGGUCACGACGCUGAUAGCUUUAGAUAAAGAAAUCUUGAGGCACGUGAGAACGCUGACGCGUUGGGAGGAGUGCCUCGAGACCACUGGGUGGCCGAUCCCAACGAGUCUCCCGCUGGACGGUUCUGCAGGGAAGGAACCGCUCAAGGAGCUUGUCCUAGCGAUCGCAUCGCUUCCUUUCGGGUUUGAAGUCUCUGGUGUAUAACUUCACAUGCUAUAAAGAACAGUUGUUGAGACUUCUAGAACCGACCAACAUCCUUUCUAUGGCUAACGUCGGAUUGGGCGACAUGACUAGAGACGAGGAGGCUCGCCUAGCUGAGGCACAGGAGCUAGCAUCAGAACUAAGUGAGAAGUUGGGGGACGCGGUGACAGCACUGCACAACAGCGCAGGCAAGUAUGUAGCUAAGUUCCGUUUCUUAGACGAGUUGCAACUCGAGGAAGAACUCAUUCCCGGUUGGACGAGUAGGCAGUUUGUAUUGGAGGUUCUGAAGCGACUAGAUAACGCAUUAGUUGAACUGGACAGCGCGGUCGGAACUGGUAGGGUAGAAGUAGAGUUUUAUAUCGCGCAUCGUAUGAGGAACAAGAAGAAAGCCUCAGAUAAAAGAAGUGCUGAGUCGCGCGCUAAGGAAGUCCUAGAUAGUGUCGUAGAGAUUUCGAAAGCACUGCGCGACGAUCGCGACGAGAUCGUUUACAGAGUUUCGAAAAAAGAUCAUCAGGUUCUUCCUAGUGCUAGACCGAAGACCGAGCGUUUUUCGCCGGAGAACCUCGCGUCGGGAGUAGGUUGUGUAGGUAAAGUUUUUAAGGGGUACCUGGGCGAGCUAUCUAAGACCUGUUUAUCUGUAGCAAGCGCGGUCGGCGCGAAGAAAGUUCCGCGAUACGUAUAAGCCAUAAGCAAGGAAGAACAAACCCCAAACGGAGGACACUUUGUACAAGUAGAAAGGCGUGCCCCUUUUCAAUCUCGUAACUUUAAAUGUGGAUGGACGGAGACUUUUCUGACGAGCCCGACCUCGUUUUCCUCUUUUGAACCCCAAGAGCACGAACUUUGCAACAAGGUGUAGACAACGUUGUCAGCAGAAAACCCAACGUAAAGAAGGAACGAACUAUGGUUAGGAGCACGCGUCGCAGCGUGCAGAGCUUGGCUCGGAACCGCCGAAGCAUCUGCCGUGUUUUGCGCGUUGCUCGGGAGGUGGAGGUCUCCGAUUGAGUGGCCAGACAGAAAAGUCGUCCAGCUCGAACGUAGAGACGGAGUUAGACCUUCGGAGAGUUGUUGGCUCCUUAGUGAAAGGUAGCGUGUCUGCGAAAGAACGCCUAGUAGAACGAAGUAACUGCGUAAACGUGAGUACAAUACAGUAGCGGCGGUGACUAACGGUUCGGUUUCUUUUCAACAGUUGAGUUUUGUCUUUUUGAGUCUUUUUCACUCGAAAUCUUGUCUUUCUGAGUCUUUUUCACUCGACAUUUUGUUGAGAUUUUUGUUUUGUUGUGGGUCGACUCAGGGGUGAGAGUCGGCAGGAGCAAGAGGGAAACGGACGGCAACGGAGUAUAGCCGACGGCGAGAGCAGCAUAUAUCUAAUAUAUCAGCGCGAUAGCGCUUCAGCCGGCGAACAGUGCGCUCAGGUGAGCGGAUAUAUUUCUCGAGAAGAUGGCAGGUAUGUCAUCGGUAUUUGGCGCUAUGAGCGCGUUCGGCGGAUGCUCGGAUGUGAGCGGGCUAUCAAUUGGCGAGGAUGUCGGGCAAACGAAAGCCCAUUCGAGCACGGGGUCGACAUUGGGUGCUAUAUCUACGAUGGACUCGGUUGGUGGACUCGUAGCCUCCACUAUGCCAGCGCUAGCUACGACGGCGUCCGGGCGCAAGUCGCGCCGAGCGAACGGCAUGAACGUUGAGAGCCCGCACUUGGAGCGCGGACCAACAGACCUGAACGUGCAAGGUUCGAGAGUAUACGCCGGCUUCUCAGCACGAUUAUUUUUGGCUUUCGGUGCCUGUUCUCAGCUUUUCGGUGGCCUUGUCUACGUGUUUCAGCUCGAGGACCACUGGGGGAUGGCCUUGAUCCCGACUGACGAAGUCUUGACCAACGACGGAAUGCCGAUGCUCGCGCGCUUUCAAACGUCGACGAACACGGUGUCGACGGAGAACGACCACCAGUGCAUCUUGGCGUACAACUUAGCGGUGUUCGCUGAUCAGUUCAGAGCGAUAGGCAUCGCGGCGCUUUUGGGAGAGCUACCAAUGCCUACGGACGCUCCGGCACGGGAAUACUAUCGGUUAUCGACGAUAGCGCAUUGGCCGAACCGUCCGAACGCGUUACCGAAACAGCACACGGGCAUACCGAUAUUUCCGGUCGCGCCUCUGUCGCCGGUGUUGCCGCUAGCGCUAGCGCACUUUUGGGACAGCCAAGAAGACCGGUGGGCCCGCGCCUCGCCGCAGUUCCAGCAACGCAGAGCCCUGGAAGCAGCAGAGCGCCAGCCGAGUGUGCGUUUUCGGCUGCCAAUCGUAGCGCAGGUGCGGACAGCAGCGAUGGAUAUGGCUGCAGCGCAGAGCGCUGCGUCGUUCGGUACGCCAUCGAUGCUUCGUUUCCCGAUGGAUCUCUCAGCAGGUGACGAUGUCGGCCGCGCGAACCCGUUGGAAGGGAUCGACGCUUUACAGGAUCAUGUCACACGGGAACCUGCACCCGCGGGGAUGAUCACGCACCCGUCGGUGCCACCUGUCGUCAGUAGCAAUACGUCGUCGGCCUCCGCGAAGCCACUGCUCAGCAGUCUCGUGAUCGGAUCAGCGCAUGCGCAAAAGGGCGCGGUGCGCGCGGCGUCGGAGAACGUAAGCAGAGCGGAUCCAAACAACGGAUGCGACAGUACGGCGCAAUCCGCACCAGCACCGGCUUCGGGCGGCGCCAAAAGUAAGAGCAGCAUCGCGGCAGAGAUUCCUGCGGAAAUAAGGGAAGAAUUUGCUGGUCUCCCACCAGAGACGUUGGAGAAGAUGUGGUUGCGGAUGAAGUCGGCUCACACCGCCGUCCAUCCAGACACGGGUCCAGACGCGCGCUCGCGCGCGCCCGCACCGGAUCGAAGUGUCAUCGGCGGAGCCGUACAUCCGGUUUCGGCAACCUCGGCAAAAACGAAAGCGAGUUCGAAGAAAGCGAAAUUGGGAGCGGCGGCGCGUUCAGCAGUUGGCGUAUCGUCGUCUUCAACAUCAUCGUCUUCUUCGUCGGCGGUUUCAGCAACCGCGCGUCGCGAUAGCCGCGAAUAUCGUCGCAGCAGGAGCCGCUCGCGUCGCCGCCAGUCGCGCCGCAGUCGUUCGAACCGCACUCGUCGGUACUGAGGGCAAGACGAUAUAUCCAUGGGAAUAUGAAGAGCGUCAUGGAAGACGCAGGAAGCGGCGACGUGUUUGGAGGAUGUCGGAAUAUACUUUCUGGAGGCGCUGGCCUUUCAUAACCAGAACCAAGAAGAGGCAAGAUCUCGAACGAUGGAUGAAGAACUGUGAUCAUGGUGAAAUGUUUGAAGACCCGUUCCUGCGAACCGCCCCGCGCGCGCAACCGAAGAGGAGCGUAGGAGCUGCAGCUCCGGCAUACGCUCGUUCCACGCUGAAGUCGAAGAUAGCAUUCUUCAGCGCGUUGGACACUGACCAACAGGAUCAGAUGAGAGCGAGGUUCAUCAGCUCGCGCCACCGCGCGGCCGACGAGAUCGGUUGUGUCGCGGACAGACACGCGCACCAAGCUGUGUCAUAUGUAAUCAUGGAUGAGAUUAUUUUUUGACCGUGCGCGCAGCACCGCGCUCGCCCUGAGAGAGAAGGUGAACGUGACGCACCUGCGUCAGUCGUACGAGCCGGAGAACGCUUUGUUCGCGUUUGAAGCCCAUGAGCAGCACGCAGACGGAGGAGAGGGCGCAAGAGGGCGAGGGGGAAACGGGGAAGGGCGAAGUGUAGAUAGAAGGAAGUACAUAGAAGAGCUUAUGUCGCGCUGCCCCGUGCUCGCAUCGACCCUCUCCGAGGCCGGAGUACUUCCAGCUCCCCUGGAAGCCGGCGGUCGGACGAUCAUCGAGUUUAACUGGGGCGCAUAGGGAGCGGCCGAUCCGGGCGGAGCGGCAGCGGAGCAUCGCAUCGCGAUUGCGAGGCGAGCGGAACACACGCGGCUUCUGAGUCGACGAGCGGUUUAAUGGCUGCUCGUCCUCGGUGUCGUCGUGAGCAGGUGAGUGAGGGGGGACCGUAGCGCGCCUAGUCCUGGAGACGCGAGGGAAGCGAGCCGAGGAGAAGAGGAAGAACGUCUGUAGAUAGUGGAUAAAUAACAGUAGCGUGUAGGAACACGCAAACUUCCCAUUAAACCCAAAACGCCGCCAGCUGUUCAGGAAGGCCCCUAGAGCCCUUACAAUUACAUCACCGUCCUUAGCGACAGAUGGUAAUAGCGCCGCGAGCGCGUAACGUGCGAGACGAUAGGGUCACGCGCGACAAUAAUAAUAAUAAUAAUAAUAAUGAUGUAUUGAAGGCGACUCCACCUAGUUCCUAGGUUGUUUGCAGCCUUGUCGUGGAGGUUUCGUAGAGGAAGAGCACGGGCACCAUGUUGCACAUGAGCUUGACCUAUCAUGUAUGCUGACUGGUCCUGGGAGACAGGCACGCAUUACUAAGAGCCUUUCCGCGUGAGACGA